AGCCACCGCAUCCUUCCGGUAGCAGAAGCCCAUGCUAAGGUGUAGAUCGCCUCUGCUGGUCGCCCUUAGGAUGCUAUCAUCUUCUCGCACCGCAAACCCUAAUCCUAAAAUCAAGCUUCCGACCCCCAAUCUUCCUCUCUGCUCCAACCGCAACAUUCAUUUUUCUUAUUCCUGUAAUUUCCCUCCGACUCCCAACAUGACACUCUCCAACUGCUUCUCGGAUGCCACAACAGGUUCAGUUCCCAUCUUGGUCCAAUCCGACUCCACAAACCCAGAGGAAUCUCUUGUGGUCGUAUCCUUCUACAAGUUCGCUGAUUUACCAGACCACGCUGAUAUGCGUAAACCCCUGAAGGACCUCUGUCAGCAACUGCGUGUUUCAGGUGGUAUCAUUCUUGCCCCUGAAGGGAUCAAUGGCAGCAUUUGUGGCACCCGAGAAUCAGUGGAAAGAGUACUUGCAUUUAUCCAGAGUGAUGACCGUCUGAAAGGUUUAAGGCAUGUGGAAUCACCUGUAAGUCCUGAGGAAGAAGCUAUCCAUCAUGGACACUCAAGUAGUUCUCCUCUUGCUGCUGGUGAAGAUGCACCCUUCCGAUGGGACCACGUCAGGGUCAAGUUGAAGAAGGAGAUUGUUACUCUUGGAAUGCCAGAAGUAUCGCCUAGCAAAAAGGUUGGAAAGUAUGUCAGCCCAAAGGAUUGGAAUGCUUUGAUCAGUGAUCCAGAUACAGUGUUGAUUGAUGUGCGCAAUGACUAUGAAACUAGAAUUGGAAAGUUCAAAGGAGCAGUUGAUCCCUGUACAACAGCAUUUCGUGUGUUCCCAUCUUGGGCGGAAGAGCAUUUCCAACUUGAUGGAACAGAUGUCGAGCAUGUGGAAAUGGAGUCACCAAGAGAAAGCAUCAAAAGCAAUAUGGAGAUUCAAAAGCCUAAAGUGCCAAAGCGGAUUGCAAUGUACUGCACUGGGGGAAUUCGAUGUGAAAAGGCUUCAAGUUUUCUCCUCAGCAAAGGUUUCAAGGAGGUAAUCUCUCGUUAGAUCCUUGUGUCCAUUAUUGGUACAAGGUGGCCUGUGGUGGUUAUACAUUGCAACUGUCUACCCAGUUUAGUUCUUCCCCAAGAUGUUCAGACCUGAACAUGAAAAAAAAAAACAUGGGAAUGGUUUGUCCUUAUCUAUGAAAUUUAUCAACUUGGCAAAAAUUGCAGUCUAUCAGUUCUUCAUUUCACUAUAGCAACUAUGCACUCCUCCCGGUUUACAGUUUCCAUGAACUGAACGUUUUGAUAUGCUUUGUCAGAAGUUUUACUGUCAUAAUUAUUUUGUGACAAAAAUUACCAUUUUUAUUUCCAUUUUCUUUUGAUGUUUUAUCCAUGGUUUGAAAAUUUAGCAGGUGUACCAUUUGGAAGGUGGGAUUUUGAAAUAUCUUGAGGAAGUACCAAAGACAGAGAGCCUGUGGGAAGGGGAGUGCUUUGUGUUUGACAAACGAGUCUCUGUGGAUCAUGGCCUGUUGCAAGGAACAUUCAAGCUUUGCUAUGGUUGCAAACAACCAGUGAGUGAUGAAGACAUGAGAAGUCUGGAAUGGGAGUUUGGAGUUUCUUGUCCACACUGUUUUUCCUCAAAGUCUGAGGAGGAGAAAGAGAGGGCAAGAGCUCGGCAGAGGCAGUUUGAGAGUUGGGGCAUUAUUGGUGGUCCAGACAAAGGGCGGCGACCAGCAAAUGGUACAAAAAGGAAUCACAGCCGCAAAACCAAGUUUUCAAGUUCAGUAUAGGGGUUGGUGGGGAGAGAGCAAAAAUGUUUUUACGGUUUGGUGACUGGAGCUGUUUUCACAGUUGAAACGUUGUGUAAUUCUGGUGUGACGCUGGUAGUAUCAACUUUUUGCUUAUAAUUAUUAUUAGACAAGAAAUUUACAUUUGAUUUCAUCCUUGCUCUUCUUCGUGUCAUUUGGUCUUUUGUUGUGUUUAUUGAUAUUUAUGAAAAAUGUUGUUGGAGGGAGACAUGACCAAAAUUUCCAGUUCUUCUUCUUGUACUUU